AUGCCUGCACGGUCGUCCGAUUACAUAUCGCCUCCACCGUUUGGGCCAUCGGCACGAAACGACCAGGUUCCUGAACGAACAGCAGGAUCCAAGGUCCAUUCACGGCUGCACAAUGGCAAAGGUCACGGUCAGAGGUCUUCGAAGCCUCAGGGAAGACCUGGAGCUCCAAAACACCACGGUCUGGACAAAUCGCCUUCUCCAGUUGCACUUCCGAUGUACCCAUCAUCGCCCAAUGAAACGUCGAUUUUGCCUCCUGUGACGUGGAAAGACGUGCCUGCUCUCAUUUUCGUGUUUCUCCUUCUUCCCCAGGGCAUUUCGUGCCUUUUGUUGUUGGGAUACAUCAUGUCGGGCACCUUCCGAGGUCUGGCUGCUCGCUUUCUAGCACGCUUUUCUGUGCUUGUGGAGGACCGCCUGGGAAGCAUCAUUCCUUCGUUUUCAAGAUCCUCCGGUCGCCUGCGGCACUGGUGCUACAACAGAGCCGUGGCGGGCGAGUUUCUCCAGCUCUUCUCCAUCAAUUCCAUGGUUUUGUUGUUCUGCCAUUCCACCAUGCCUCGCCUGUGGACCCACUACCUCCUGGUCAUGGCAAAGCUGAUUGUCGCCAGCCGCUUGGUUGGAACCUACACCGUGGGCACCGCUACAUACGUGUCCAUGCUGUCGAACGGCCAGACUUCCACCGCUACAUCCUCAUCAAACCCACAUCUGAGCACCACCGGUGUCCUCGAUAAAAGCCGGUACCUGAAAUCCAGCCUCAUCAAUUCCCUUUUGGGUUUUGCCACCGUCACCGUGACAGACACCUUGUUUCGGCACUGGCUCGAGCACCUCAAUGUGCCCCAGCUUGCCGGUGAUCUAGCACGCUUCUACCGCGGCGUGUGGCAUCUUGGUUUGUCUUCGUCUGAAGGUGCCAGCACAUCCGACUACCUCAAGAUCUUCUUCACAAAGUCGCCUUUUAUCGUCACCUACAAUUACCUUUCCAAGCGCAAGGACAGGUACUACAGCUUGGGUGUCCGCAAAGGAAGUGGCAUCAGACUCAGUGUUCUCGACAAAAUCAUCAUCUUCGUGGCAGUGAGGGUCUUCAACAUCAACGAAGACUCCCUCCAAACGCUUACGUUGGUGCUCCAGGAAAUCAGCACAAUCAUCAACUACGCAUACCUUGUGCUUUGCAUACACGUCAUUAGCCUUACCAUAUCUCCUUUCUUGGAGAGAUUCUUCAUCUUCAAAGACUACUCGAAGAACUUAGACCACUUGUCUUCGCUCACCCCUAGCAUUCCCUUGAGUGGAGACAAAAGCAGCCCAGUCCCCAAUCCUCAGCACAAUGAUUCCAUGAUGAUCAUCAAUGUGGACCAGCCAAAGGCGGCCGUCCCAGCGGGGCUAACAACUAUAGAGUUGGACCCGGAGAUUGCCAAAUCCGAUGCUGAUUUGCAUCCUGAUGGCACUGUCAGUGCCAGGAACUUCGAAGUGUUUUGUCUCAUCCCUCCCACAAAGAAGGCGGUUUCAGGCUGUAUUAAGGCGCAACAGAAUAGAACCUUUGUGGAAAGGAGACGUGCCAACAGCAGUGGCGGUCCUCCUUCGACAACAAUUGUCGACCGUCAUUUCACCACCUCCAUUCAGCCAUUGUGGUCAUGGAUCGCUGCCAUCAAGGUUUUCUUUGUCAACUCCAACUUUUUUGGUGGAAAAUCCUGCGGAUCACAAUCCCCUGAGUGUCCCGUUGAGCAUCAGCACAUGUCUGUUUGCAAAGUUGGUGCUCGUGAGGUUGUUCUUGAAUUGAAUGAUCCAUCGCUCAUCUCCUGUGACCACUUUACCGUGCAAGUGAACUCCAUCCAUUGGCCUUUUGUUACCACCAUUAUGAAUGCUUCUAAAGACCGGAAGUUUAUUAGAGUCGAAAGUCUCAAGCCUUUCAGCCAGUAUGAGAUACGCUGUAUGCUCGAGGACUCCACGUUGGCCACUGUUACUGUUAGCACCACCGACCCGAGAGACCAAGCUUUUCUUGAUCAUUCCACGAGGACCUCUCCCACUGAGACACUUGAGGACUGUCACGCAUCCGCCAUUGAUGAGCUCAACGAGAUCAGAUGGAACCUCAGAAAACUGAGGAAGGAUGAGAAUAAGCGUAUCACCGAUCUCAAGAAGCAGGUGGAUAGCAUGAAAGCCAGGGUCGACAAGGUCCACAGCAGAGCCCCCAUUGAAGGUCGUGGAAGCGGAAAGCUCAAGGGUCUUCAGUACUCCGUGAUUCAGUUGGAGAACGAGAUCGAAGAGCUCAACAAACAGCUCCACAGCUUGAAGGAAAGCAGUGAUACCGUCGACGGCGACUUGAAGGCCGAGGAGCAAGCCACUCUUGACCAAAUUCGGAGUUUGGAGGCGUUCAUCGAAGAUCACGAGUACAGCACGGGACAGCUCAAGAAUGGAAUUCGUGCUGUUGAGAACGAACGCAACAACGUCUCCGUGAAGCACAAGAAGUUGGAGGGCAAAAUCUCGUCACGCAAGGAGGAGAUUGCCCGGCUCAAUGCGGAGGUCAAGAGCAUGAAGAAAGCCGUUUUGACUCGUUACCAGCGCAGACAAAAACGUGUUCAGGAGCGUUUCGACACAAUUCUUCCCAAGGUGGAGCAAGCCAUCGAGGACCUUGGCCAGGAGUUGGAAGAGUACCAAGCUUGA